UCUCCUUCUUCCCCCACCUAGGGUCUAUCCUCGGUUCGGGCUAAGGAGAUCCUUCUUCGAGAUGGCCCCAACACCCUGACUCCUCCCCGCACUACCCCUGAGUGGGUGAAGUUCUGCAAGCAGCUGUUUGGCGGGUUCUGCAUGCUGCUGUGGAUCGGAGCUGUGCUCUGCUUCAUAGCCCACAUUAUCCAGGUCACCUCAGAGGAAGAGCCGACCAAUGCUAACUUGUACCUGGGCCUUGUGCUCGCUGUUGUCGUCAUUAUCACCGGUUGUUUCUCCUACUACCAAGAAGCCAAGAGCUCAAAGAUCAUGGACUCCUUCAAAAACCUGGUCCCGCAGCAAGCCCUGGUUGUCCGUGACGGUGAGAAGAAGAACAUCAACACUGAAGAAGUGGUGGUUGGCGAUAUAGUGGAGGUGAAAGGCGGAGAUAGGAUACCAGCUGAUUUGCGUAUCGUCUCUGCCAGCGGCUGCAAGGUGGACAACUCCUCUCUCACUGGUGAAUCUGAGCCCCAAACUCGUAGUCCCGAUUUUAGCAAUGACAACCCCCUGGAAACCAGGAACAUUGCCUUCUUCUCUACCAACUGUGUUGAAGGAACUGCCAGAGGUAUCGUCAUCAACACUGGUGACCACACUAUCAUGGGUCGUAUCGCCGCGUUGGCCAUGAGUCUGGAAAGUGGGCAGACGCCUCUCGGAAUUGAAAUUGAUCACUUCAUUGAAAUCAUCACCGGUGUGUCCGUCUUCUUCGGUGUGACUUUCUUAAUCCUCUCCGUCAUUCUGGGCUAUGGAUGGCUGCCAUCCAUCAUCUUCCUCAUUGGAAUCAUCGUCGCUAAUGUGCCAGAGGGUCUCCUGGCUACUGUAACUGUGUGUCUAACUCUGACUGCCAAGCGUAUGGCCAAGAAGAACUGCCUGGUGAAGAAUCUGGAAGCUGUGGAGACCUUGGGGUCCACCUCCACCAUCUGUUCCGACAAGACUGGCACCCUGACCCAGAACAGAAUGACUGUGGCUCACAUGUGGUUCGACAACCAGAUCCAUGACGCUGACACCACAGAGAACCAGAGUGGUACCUCUUUCGACAAAAGCUCUGCCACCUGGGCUGCCCUGGCUAGAGUGGCUGGCCUGUGCAACCGAGCCGUCUUCCUGGCAGAACAGAACAACGUACCUAUCCUCAAGAGAGAUGUGAGCGGUGAUGCCUCAGAGACUGCCCUGCUGAAGUGUAUCGAGCUGUGCUGUGGGUCUGUCAAAGACAUGAGAGAAAAGUACAGCAAAGUCGUUGAGAUCCCCUUCAACUCCACCAACAAAUACCAGGUAACCACGUGGUCGAUCAAAUCUAAUCAAGCUUUAUUUACACAGAAAAUUACAGACAUGGAAUGCAGCACAAUGUGCUUCACAUGGGAAAAAAACUAUGGAAGUAAAAACUGAAAUAUUUACUACAUA